GUCAUCGUCACUUUGUAUCGUCCCCCUUUUAAAUUAAAACCCUCUCAAAAGUCACCGAACACCUUCUCUCUUAAACAAAUCCUCUCUCCCUGAUCUAAUUCGAUAUGGGUUUUAGCAAAGAAGAGAUUAGCAAAAGCAGAAGGUUCUGGUCUUCUCUGUGGAGAGGGAUCAAAACUGUAUUCGUUUUGUUCGCAAUGUUCCUCUCUUUCCUCCUUGUCUCUGCUCCGAUCCUACUUGCCGUCGCCGAUGCUCUCCUCCCUUCCGCCCUCCUCCACCGUCUCUCCGCUCCAAAGAAUCUCUCUUCUCAUCUCACCAACUACGACUUCCGUCACUCCCUCAUCGAUAUUCCAUUAAUCUCCAUCGUUAGAUCCGCCGUUAUACUCUGUGUUUACGGGCUUUGCGACGGACCCAAGCUAUCUAGAGGUCCUUAUCUGACAAUAACGAUGAUUUGCUCUGUUUCCUCUCUAAUCUACGUUUCGUUAAAAGCGGCUUUUGUGUUCGGCGAGCCGGCGAACGGAGACGGCGGGAAUAGUUACUUCAGAGCGGCGGAAGUGGCUCUGUUUCUAUGCUCGUCGGUGUUAGCCAUUGGUCACAUAGUUGUGGCGUAUAGAACAAGUUGUAAAGAGAGAAGAAAGCUCCUCGUCUUCAAAAUCGACAUUGAAGCCGUUUCUGCAUGUAAAAACGUAUACCCGAGAUACCAAAAGAUCCUCCAACAAGAGAUUCAAGUAGAGACGUAUUUCAAGAGGAUUAACACUACUUGUAAAUAUAUCUAUAUACACACAUGACACGUGCCUUAUAUACGUAUGUAAAUAUAAAAAAUAUACGACGUAUAAUUGUAGCUUCUUUGUCUGCCUUUCGGUGUUGACCCAUCAACUCCUUCGCUUUCAAGUUUUCAGGCAGAUCCAAAGGAUAGUCUGUAAAGCCGGGAGGAACAGAUAGAGAGUGGAGUUUAUGUCACCCAAUGAUCUUCUAUUAUUGUUUUAAUGUAAGACAACUCCGAUGAAAUGGCAGUUGUUAGCUUUAAUACUAGACUAGUUAGGAAGAUUUGCAUACAAUAUAGUUUUGUUUGUUUUUGUACUAACCUAGAGUUCAUCAAUGAGAAAAGAAGCCAAAGGCAUCUUUUUAUUUCUCUCGUCGCUUUGUAUAUUGUUUGUAACUUUAUGGUUUUAAUAUCUUAUCUAAUUAAACCAUAAGAAAA